CAGUAAGACGUGUCUAGGACCAGAAUACCUGCUAAUAAUUCCAUACCUGCCGCCAUGGGUUUGGAUCUCCAGUUCUUGCCGCUCCAAGGUGGCGGGCCGUCCACGACAGCCGCAGGCUUCUGCAUCCUCCUGCUUUUCGUCGCCGGCGUGACCCGCCUCCGGACUGACUGGGCGGCUCGCUCACAGGCACGCCACAAGACGCACGGGGCCUCCAAGGCCACCACCCCGACAACAGAACCGGUACCUUUGAUCCCCUACUGGUUCCCCAUUCUCGGCCACAUCCCAAAUCUCGCGUUCGGCCACUGCAGCUUUCUCACGGGCCUCCGCGACAGCCUCCCGGACGGCGUGGCCUCGCUCAACCUGUUCGGGACAACGCACGUCUUCAUCUUCCGCCACCGGGUCGGCACCUCGCUGCUGGGGAAGCCCAGCUCCGCCGCCGACACCGGCUGGAUCCGCGCCCGCCUGCUGGACAAGGCAUUCGGAUACCCGCCUGAGGAGCUGGGCGCUUACGCCGAGCUGUCGCCCCGCCUUAGUGACGUCUUUACCCGCACCCUGCUGUCGGGCCCGGGCCUAACGCGCAUGGUUGAGGCCACCGCCGGACGCUUAGCGCGCAAUAUCGACCGUUUUGUCACGCUUGGGGCCACUCAGCAGGCGAUGCUGAUGCCAUGGGAGCGCGUGGCUGGCCUCGAGCAUGUCAGCAGCCCCGGGGCGGCCACCUACAAGGCGGCAGCAAAUCAGCCCUACAGAAGCUGCACUGAUCAAGACGGCCAGACCGGGCAGUCGGUAGAAGCUUCCCUCGACGAGCUGGUGCGCGCCUUCGUCGGCUACACGGCCAACCCCAGCCUGCUCGGCGACGACUUCAUGGAAAACUUUCCGCACUUUUGGGACCUGCUCCAGGAGUUCGACAGGUCCUGGGUCCUCCUGGGGCUGGGCAUCCCCCGCUGGGUACCCUCGUUCCUGGCGCCCGCCGUCGCGCGCGCGGCCGCCGCCCAGGCCGAGCUGCUGCGCUGCAUGCGCGAGUUCGAGGCGGCGCUGGACCGCCGCGCCGCGGGCCAGGACGCGGGGCCCCGGUGGCGGCGCCUCGACACCGUCUCGGACCUGGUGCAGGCCCGCGUGGAACUCUACCGCGACAUGGGCGUCAGCAUCGAGGCGCGCGCCGCCAACGAGCUCGCCCUGGCCUGGGCCAUGAACACAAACUCCAACAUGCUCGUCUUCUGGGUCGUCGCCCGCGUCGCCGCCGACCCGGCCCUGCUCGCGGGCGUGCGUGCCGAGGUGGCGCCACACCUCAAGUUCGGGGGCGGCGGCGGCGACGCACCACCCAGUAGCAGCAGCAACGGCGGGCCGGGGGCGGCGCUGGCCGUCGGCGGCGGCCGCAUCGAUGUUGAGGGGCUCUGCUCGCGCUGUCCGCUGCUCAAGGCGGCGUACGUCGAGAGCCUGCGGAUCGACGGCUCGGCGUGGGGCUUCCGGCAGGCGCGCGAGGACCUCGUGCUGACGGACCAGCGGCGCGAGGGGCGGCCGGCGGCCCAGUGGCGCGUGCCCAAGGGCGCCUACGCGCACGUCGUCGAGGAGAUGCACAACACUGACCCCCGCAUCUUCCCGAACCCCUUUGCGUGGGACCACCGGCGCCACAUCACGGUGCAAGAGGCGGUCGGUUCCAUGUCUGCUGGCGCCGACGCGCAUGCGGGCAAGGAGAAGGUGGCGGUCGCCAAGCUGGGCUUGGUUCGGCCAUAUGGCGGCGGUUCGUCUGCUUGCCCCGGCCGCGUAUUCGCCCUCAGGGAGACCAUGGCCUUCGCGGCAGCCGUUUUACAUCAGUACGACAUUCAGCCCGUAAAUACCGAUUCCGACGGCUCCUGGGUCAUGCCGGUCACCGAGGCCAGUACAGUGGGGAUGAAAAGGCUCAAGGAACCUUUCAAGGUGGUGAUUAGGAGAAGAAUUUAGUAGACGUUGUCGCGCUCGGUGUCGUACGAACACCAUGGCAUCUGGGGCAGGCCAAAUCUCUACUUGCAAGAGCGCUUCCUCGGUCACAACUGCAGGGUUGGGUCUACCGCGGUUUAUACGCUGUCCUACGUAAUUUCAAGCAUCCCGGUUACUCCUUGCCGCAAGCCGUUUCGUGUAUUUUUUUUUUUGAUGGCCAAUGCGUGAAUGAAAAAAAAAAAAAGAAACUCCAGUGCCUUGCUCCCCAUGACUCCCACCAAAACACAAGAC